AUGGAUGGUACAUGGCAUUAUACGGUCAAAAGUGCUUAUCACUUGCUUCAAUAUCUGAAAGAAGAUCAACAUUUAGAUGCAGACUCGGCAUUCUGGAGGAAACUGUGGAGUUUAAAAGUACCUCCAAAGGUGAAGAAUUUCUUCUGGAAUGCUCUUACUGGAUGUUUGCCUACUCGGGUUCUACUUCGUCUAAAGCAUGUUGAUGUGAGUUGGCGGAAAGCUGGUUUUCAACUUAAUGCAGGUGAGAUAUCUAUUUUUGCAUCUUGGUUCAGAUUGUCUCUGUGUAUGUUCUCUAAGGAGGAAUCAGAUAGGAUGGCGAUGCUAUGUUGGGCAAUAUGGAAAAGGCGGAAUGAUCUUAUUUGGCAGCAAAAGCAUAUUUCUACUGAUGAGAUAGUAGACUUAGCAAAACAUAGUCUUGAUCAAUGGAUUAAUGCUCAAGAGUCUGAUAAGCAUCCUCCCAUAGGUAUGGUAAUGACUGGGGAUGGGAGUGAGCAUUGGGUAAAGCCUCAGAAGAAUACGAUCAAGGUUAAUGUGGAUGCUUCUAUCGCUAUUGGUAGAGGGACGUUUGGGCUAGGCUGGGUUGCGCGUGAUCAAACAAGGUCUCUACUAGAGGUUCAUGGACGCAACAGGAAUGGAGUUGUCACUCCCGAAGUGGUUGAAGCAAUGGGGGUCAAGGAGGCUCUCAGUUGGAUUAAAUCCAAAAAUUGGCCAAGUAUAGUAGUUGAGUCUGAUUAUCUAAGAGUGGUCCAAGCUUAUUAUAAGCUCUUCAUGUUUAAUAUCUCCUUGGGGUUUAUUGAUUAA